AUAAUUCAACAAAAUAAUACAACAACAAAUAGUUCAAUACAAAUUAUAUAGUUCAACAAAUAAAAACUCAUAUUUCAUCACACGUCGCUCCCGGCGUCGCCCUUGAGCCUCCAUAGAUGCUCUAUCAGAUCUUGCUGCAGUUGAUGAUGCACCUGUGGGUCUCGGAUCUCCUGACACAUACUGAGAUAUGCAGUCCAGGUUGCCGGUAGCUGGUGAUCAACUUCGGCUAGAUGACCAUGUCUGUAGUAUGGUUCGGUGUCAAACACUGGGUCUCCUUGCUCGCUCUCGAUGAUCAUGUUGUGCAAGAUGACACAGCAAGUCAUAAUCUCCCACAUUUGAUCUUUCGACCAGGUCUGAGCGGGGUACCGGACAACAGCUAAUCGAGAUUGGAGCACACCAAAUGCCCACUCGACAUCCUUCCUGCAAGCCUUCUGAACCUUCCCAAACCAGGCGUUCUUGCCUCCUGGCACAGGGUUUGACAUCGUCUUCACAAAUAUCGACCAUCUCGGAUAGACGCCAUCAGCUAGAUAGUACCCCUUGUUGUAGUGCCGCCCAUUGAUCUCGAAGUUCAUCGGAGGAGAAUGACCUUCAACAAGCUUGGGAAAGACAGGAGAGCACUGCAGCACAUUGAUGUUAUUGUGAGUUCCUGGCAUACCAAAGAAGGAGUGCCAAAUCCAGAGGUCCUGUGUGGCCACCGCCUCAAGUACCACACUGCAACCGCCUUUGGCGCCUUUGUACAUCCCCUGCCAAGAAAAUGGGCAAUUCUUCCAUUUCCAAUGCAUGCAGUCGAUGCUUCCAAGCAUCCCAGGAAAUCCUCUUGCUGCAUUCUGUGCUAGGAUCCGAGCAAUGUCUUCCGUAUUGGGUGUUCUCAAGUAUUGCGGUCCAAACACUGCCACCACUGCCCGACCGAACUUGUAGAAACACUCUAUGCUGGUGGACUCGACCAUGCGCCCAUAGUCGUCGAGUGAAUCAUCGGGAGCUCCGUAUGCAAGCAUCCUCAUCGUUGUCGUGCACUUCUGGAUGGAGGUGAAUCCAAGGGCGCCGGUGCAAUCCAUCUUGCACUUGAAGUAGUUGUCGAACUCCUGGAUGGAAUUCAUAAUCCUGAGGAAGAGCUUUCGGCUCAUUCGAUAACGGCGCCGAAAUGUUUUCUCACCAUGAAGUGGAGCAUCGGCGAAGUAGUCGGAGUAGAGCAUGCAGUAGCCUUCGAGACGAUGCCGGUUCUUUGCUUUCACCCGCCCCGGCGCGAGCCACCUCGCCGCGGCUUUUCAUUGCUCGCCAGCAGCUGGGCGAGGGCGGCGAGCACCAUGAGAUGCUCUUCUUCUUGGACGUCUGCCUCGGCUUCCUCCUCCAGCAGCGCGGCGAGUGCUUCCUCGUCAUCCGAGUCCAUCACCGAGGCAGGCAAAUCGCCAAACACUUUGCGCCCGGUGGGCGUGUCCCCGCCGCUAAACUGCCCCUCCGCGGCCGGAAACGGCGGCCGGAAACGCCCAGCUGUUGUUGGAGGGGCUGCCCCGGCGAAGCUCUGCUAUUUUUCCGGCGUGGAAUGGCUAUCUAGUGGUGAAAGGCGGCGGUCGGCGCCGGGAUAUAGCUACUGGCGGCCGAGGGCGCGGGCGGUGGGAGGCGAGUCGGGGAAGAAAACCUUGACUUUUCCCCUGACGGCGUGGGCUAGCCGCGCUUUUCCCUUGCGCCGGAGCCCCCAACUGCCCCCCAGUGCGCCGGGUUCGGCCUGUGACCGCCGAGCGGAAAAAAGGGCCGAACCAGCAUUUUUCGAUGUCCUGGAGGCGCGACUGGGGCGUUUUUUUGGCGCCGGCGCCGAAAAAGUGGCCUACGGGCCUGUUGGGGACGCGGCUGGAGAUGCUCUUAGCAUUAAAUGGUCGGUGCCCGCAUCUGUGUCCUGUCCGCGGACGGAACUCGGAGAGAAUUUGCAGGUCACCAUUGGAGAUGCCCUUACAUAUUUGCUUGUAAAGCUUUGA